GGGAGACCAAACAUGCCCUUCCUUCCUAGCUGUUUGGAGUCCCCAGCCUCCUGCCUGGGCGAAGCUUUCUCAAUCCCGGGCUCUUCCCACGGCAUCAGUUUCUUUUCUCGCCUUCGAAGGCGGAUCCUCGGAUUUCCCCGAAAAAGCGAAAAGGUUUCCUGGCGGCUGUGAAGGUUUUCAACAGGGAAUAGGGAAUUUGCAACAGGGAAUCCUCUCUGGAAGCUGCCAUGGCCCUAAGGCUGCUGCUCCUCCUCCUCCUUUGCACCCUGCUCACCUUCUGCCCAGUGGUUGACACACAGGCGCCUGCAAUUCCAUCAUGUCCAAUAAAUGUAGCUAUCCGAGGUGGCACUGUGACGUUCUCGGAUGAGGGUCGCCUUGGAAGCACCCUCACCUAUUCCUGCCCGCCUGGUACAUACCCAUAUCCAUUGCAAAGCCGGGUCUGCCAAUCUGAUGGAAAAUGGACCCCUAUGCGUUCCCCACAUGGACCCCGUGUCAACACAGCACAAUGCAGAGAGAUACGCUGUCCUCCACAGAUGUCCUUUGAACAUGGUUCAUCCAGUCCACGGCGAAGCUCUCAUCCCAUCGGUGACGUUUUGAGCUUUGAGUGCUAUGAUGGGUAUCAGCUCCACGGUUCCUCCCAGAGACACUGCUUGCCCAAUGGCCGCUGGAAUGGGACCUCCCCUGUUUGCGACGAUGGAGUGGGCCAUUGCCGCAGCAUUGCCAUCCCGCCAGGGGCAAUCGCUACUGGGGGGCGCAACCGUCUUGGCGAUCGGGUCUCAUUUCAGUGUCAGAAUGGCUUUGAUUUGGUAGGAUCGGCACAACGUGUUUGCACUCCAGAAGGCGAAUGGUCAGGAGCAGAACCAAGUUGCAGAGCUCCCUAUUCGUAUGACCGGGCCGAAGAUGUUCGAGCUGAAUUUGGGGCCUCCUUCACUGAUGUUCUGAGUGAGGUGUCAUCAUCUGGACCUGACCCUUCUGAGACACUUCAAGCUCCAAAUUUAGGACGAAGGUUGAUAUUGUCCAAAGACAAUUUCCUCUACAUUUACAUGCUUGCCGAUGCUUCCCACAGCGUUACUGAAGCCAACUUCCAGAUUUUUAAAAAAUGCCUGGAAAUUAUCAUCAACAGGGUUGCCAGCUUUGAUGUAGCCACCAAGUUUUCCAUCCUCUCGUUUGCUAGCCAACCAAAGACUAUUGUUGACAUCCAUGAAGAUAUAGCUGAAGAUCCAGAACUGGUUCUUGAGAAGAUGAAGACUGACAUGAAUUACAAAGAUCAUGGCAAUGCAACAGGGACCAACACCUAUGCUGCCCUUGAUGCCAUCUACAGGAUGAUGAUUAAUGACCGAGCAAAUGUCCUAGAGAAAUGGAACAAAGUUCGCCAUGCUAUCAUUCUUCUUACUGAUGGUAAAUCUAAUCUUGGGCAGCCUCCUAAAGCUGCAGUGAGAAACAUAGAAGACUUGGUGAAUGUGAGAGAAAACCGGAUAGAUUAUCUGGAUAUCUAUGUCUUUGGUGUUGGAAACCUUGAUGUGGACUGGAGUGCCAUGAAUGAGAUUGCAUCUAAGAAGCCCGGUGAAAAGCAUGCAUUCAAACUGGAAAACCUUGAGACACUCAAGGAAGCCUUUGAAGAUAUACUGGACCCCAAAGAUUUGGAUGAUAUAUGUGGUUUGGCAAAUUAUUCCAGCUCUGCCGAGUGGUAUCAAAAGAACCCCUGGCAUGUUCUCCUCCAAGAAAAUAGUCAAGUAGAGCCUUCUUGCCGCGGUGCCUUGAUUUCAAAGACGUGGAUCCUGACAUCGGCUCACUGUUUCAACAAGCUGAAUGACAUUUCCACCUGGAAAGUGAUUCUGGGAGGAGGAGAGAAGAGGUUGCCAAUAAAGAGACGUAUUGAUCAUGACCUGUACAAUGUCCGUGCAAAGGUGUCCCAGGGCAUCCAGGAAUUCUACGACUAUGACAUUUCUCUGCUUGAACUGGAGAAUCCAGUACCAUUUGGUGGGAGGAUCAGACCAAUUUGCCUUCCUUGCACUGAAGGUGCCAAUAAAGCCCUGAAGAAGAAGUCAGGGACCACAACAUGCAAAGAUCAUGAGCUGGAGCUGCUGAGUUUUGACAAGGUGCCUGCCCAGUUUAUAUCCUUGGACAACAAACGGAUGAACGUGCAAAUCAAGACAAAGAAAAGCCGUCCCUCCUGUAUUUCCGGAGCUGUUCAAGAAGGCAUGAUAUAUUCCCAAGUGUCUGAUGUCUCUGAAGUGGUCACAGACAGAUUCCUGUGCAGCGGGAAUGACAACCGCGUGGAGGCUGCCACUUGCAAAGGAGAAUCUGGAGGAUCACUCUUUGUAGAGAGAAGAGAAAGACAUUUUCAGGUGGGUGUGAUCAGCUGGGGUACCUACGAUCCAUGCAAAAGGAAGAACGCAGAGCAGAUCAUACGGGUCUCUCCUCCACGCAAUCAUAAACCACGAGAUUUCUAUAUCAGUCUUUUCAGCAUCCAGGACUGGCUGAGGCAACAUUUGGGCAAAUCGCUGAGAUUCAUCCCUAUGGUUAAAGAUUACAGAGAUAACCUGGUGCUCAGAGGAAGGCCAACAGUAUCAGAAAUCAGCCGGACUGCAUUGGUCCUGCCACCACUGAAGCAAGGAGGUGCGCUGAAGGCAGAACCCAAAAUGCAGCAACUUCACCCUUUUGCCUGCAUCCUUGUGGCACUUUUGGCCUUUUGGACAGAUUCAACCGAUGCUGCUGCCUGUGACCCUGAAACAGCCACAAUUAUAGGCGGCAAUUAUACUGUGCUGGAAAAUGGCACACUUUUGCAAUACAGUUGCCCAACUGGACAGUACCCAUACCCUACUGACUUCCGGCGUUGCGAAUAUAAUGGGAAGUGGAGCUCCAUGCAAAAAACAAAUGGCGACGCCAUCCGCCAAGCCAAGUGCUACGACAUCCGCUGCCACAGGCCUAUAGAGUUUGAAAAUGGCAUGUAUGAACCAAGGCAGUUCUACUACAAUGUAAGCCAGGAGCUGACGUUCGAGUGCUACGGAGGAUACACGUUGCGAGGAUCCCAGAAGCGCACCUGCCUCCCAAAUGGAAAGUGGAGUGGAGAGACAACCAUAUGUGAUGAUGGAGCUGGCCACUGUCGCAACCCUGGUAUCCCAAUUGGUGCCCGCAAAGCUGGCACACAAUAUAGGAUUGAAUACAAGGUCCAGUACACCUGUGAAAGAGGCCUCUCUCUUGUGGGAUCCAAAGAGCGGGUUUGCCAAGAGUCAGGAAUGUGGAGUGGAGCAGAGCCGGAAUGUCGAAGCCCAUUCAGCUAUGACACCCCAGAAGAAGUCUCCUCCAAGUUCAUUUCAUCUCUCACUGAAACUGCUGAGUCCAGUGAUUCUGACAAAAAUGUUUCCACUACAGGGAAGCGUAAAAUCAAGAUUGAGAAGGACGGCUCAUUGAACAUCUACAUUGUCCUUGAUGCCUCGCGGAGCAUUAAGCUGAACCAAUUCAAGGAAGCUCAGAAUAUGUCCAUCAAGUUAAUUGAGAAGAUCUCCAGCUAUGACAUCACCCCCAGGUAUGCCGUCAUCACCUUUGCAACCGAAGUCAAGGAGCUUGUGCGUACCACAGAUGAUCAGAGCACUGAUGCAUCCUGGGUGAUUGAAAAGCUGGAGGGAAUGAAAUAUUCAGAACACAAGCAGAAGCCUGGGACCAACAUCCAAAAAGGCCUUUCUGCUGUCUACACAAUGAUGAUCACCCAGCAAGCAGCAGAAAGGAGGCGAGGACUGAAUCCUCCUCCGGUGUCCGAGAAAACCCGCCAUGUUAUUGUCCUCCUGAGUGAUGGUGACUACAACAUGGGUGGUGAUCCAAUUCGUGUCAUCAGACAAAUCAGGGACUUCCUCAGCAUUGGACGUAACCGCACCCACCCCAGAGAGGACUACUUAGAUGUCUAUGUCUUUGCUGUUGGGGGCACAGUCGUCAUGGAAAAUGUGAAUAAGAUUGCAUCUCAAAAGAGUGGCGAGACACAUGCUUUCAAAAUAAAAAACUAUGAAGACCUUCAGCUGGCUUUUGAGAAGAUGAUCGAUGAAAGUGAGACUUUGUCUAUGUGUGGCUUGGCCAAGGAGCACUCAGAGGCGGACUACCAACAGAAGAACCCCUGGUACACCAUGAUCACCAUCAGGCGUACAGGCGGCGUCUAUGAGCACUGCAAAGGAGCCCUUGUUUCCAAGUACUAUGUCCUGACUGCAGCCCAUUGCUUCACUAUCGAUGAUACAGCUGAUCAGAUCACUGUCACUAUUGCCAGAAGAAAUUAUUAUGUCAAAGCCCUCUACUCCCACCCAGAUUAUCAGAUUGGGAGACUGGCCAAGAAGGGAAUCCCUGAAUUUUAUGAUUAUGAUGUUGCUCUAGUGGAACUUGCAUCUCCCGUCAUGCCCUCUCCUGCUCAAAGGCCUAUCUGUCUCCCAUGUACAGAAGGAGCUACCCGAGCUCUGAGAAAGCCCCAUCCUCAGACCACCUGCAGGGAUCAUGAACAAGAACUUCUCCCUGCUUCAAAUGUCAAUUCCCUUUUUGUAACUGACUGCGAAGACGGUGGCAAAAAAGGGCUGCGUCGCAGAAUCGUGCGGAUCAAGAAUGGGGACCAGAAAUUUGCCUGCGAGGAAGAUGCCAAAAAAGCUGACCACUACAAAAACGUCACCAAUGUGGCAGAUGUGGUGACGGACCGCUUCCUCUGCACAGGGGGCUUUGAUCCCCAGGCGGACCCAAACACUUGCAAAGGUGACUCUGGCGGUCCUCUCAUAAUUCAGAAAAGGCUGCGUUACAUCCAGGUGGGCGUGAUCAGCUGGGGCGUUGUCAAUGUCUGUAAGAGCAAGAAAAUCUCCUGCGACCCUCCAAGAGGUGGCCAUGUGAACUCACCCAGACAUGCCAGGGAUUUCCACAUCAACCUCUUCAAGGUCAUGCCGUGGCUCAAGGAAAAACUGAGGGACGAGGACCUGGGAUUCCUGUAGAUCUACCCUUCCCACCACACCUGGGACACUCUGUGUAAAUAGAAUUUGUGUCUUUGAAUCCCAUAGAAUGGAUUUCAGGCUAGUCAUUGUAUAUUAAAUUGCAUUUUGUGAAAAGAAA